CAUUUUGGGGGUUUCAUAAUGUAUUAGUAACGAACUGAUAUAUAAUGAUAUAUAUUUUUUAACCUGCUUCAAGCCGCCGCCGCGUGUCUGUUGACGCCGGGGCGUGACGUCACCACGGCGGUUGGCCGUUGUUCUGCUCGGUGAUAACAAAAACACUCAGGAGGUGGAGAGAAGAGAAGCUCUUUGCACCGGGGAGGAUGCGCUCUCUCGUCGGGCUCGCCGUUGUCGUGACCGCAGCCAGCCUGUACCUGUACUAUCUGUCCUUGUACCUCCCUGCCGGACCACGGAGACGUCCUCGGCCGGGUCCGGAGGCUGAACAUGUGGAGGGGGGCGAGUCCGAGGGUAGCAGCGACACCUCCGGGGAACUCAGCAGGUUGAAGUUCCCGUCUGACCUGGAGGAGCUGCGGGAGCUGGCUGAGCUGCUGCAGUUUUACAAGAAGGAGCACACCGGCUAUGUUCUGCUCCUGUUCUGCAGCGCGUAUCUAUACAAGCAGUCCUUUGCCAUCCCGGGGUCGUCUUUCCUGAACAUUCUUGCAGGAGCUAUCUUUGGACCGUAUGAAGGGCUGCUCCUUGCCUGUGUGCUCACCACGGUGGGCUCCACCAUGUGCUACCUGCUGUCCCAAGCCUUUGGAAAGCAUUACAUUGUGAAUAUCUUCCCAGAGAAAGUUUCCAUGCUGCAGAAAAAGGUGGAGGACAACCGGGACUGUCUGUUCUUCUUUCUGCUCUUCCUGAGGUUCUUCCCCAUGACGCCCAACUGGUUCCUGAACAUGUCGGCCCCGAUAGUCAACAUCCCCAUCACUUUCUUCUUCUGCUCGGUAUUUAUUGGCCUGCUGCCCUACAACUUCAUCUGCGUCCAGACCGGCGUCAUGCUGUCCGAGGUGUCGUCGCUGGAUGACCUGUUUUCCUGGCAGCGCCUCCUGCAGCUGCUGGCCAUCGCCUGCGUGGCUCUGCUGCCCGGCGCCCUCAUCCGACGCCUCAGCCAGCGGCGCCUCAAGCUGAGCGUCCAGAACGGGCUAGACGCAGAUAAGAAGGGGCAGUGACCCGCUGGAGUGUUGUUGUUUUUUUAUUUUAAUUUAUAUUUUUGUCUUUUUUUUAACGUUUUCCUCCACACGGUUUUCUGAUGCCUUCUGCUCUCCAGAGGAAACGCGUUGGAAGUGACAGCUGUUGAGACAAACCUCCUGUUCUGGAGGGCUGUGCCCCUCUGGAGUCGCGUGGAGAUGAGCAAGAAUUAAUGGUUUUGUAAAAAUUACAAAAGCAUUUCUUUUUUUUUUUUGCCGAUUUCCAGUUGUGGUGUUUUUGUGACAACAGUAUUUGGGUAACGUAUGAAUGUACAGUAAUAAGGAAGUCGGGGAUUUUUUUUUUUUUUUUUUUUGUAGUUUUUUUUUUUUUUUUGCACUCAUUUUAAACAGUAAGAGUUCAGCUUCGGUUUAAACCCUGCGUUCAAAGUGCCUGUUGUUCAGUUUUGGCCUUUAAACACUACCUCCAUGGACUCUCUGAAACAUUAAUGUGAAAACUGCGGAAGACCUGGCCAUGUUUCUACAGAGUAGAUUGGCAUAUGGGUGUCUUUUUUUUAUAUAUUUGUAACUGAAAAGUGAAUUAGCCUCAAGGCUUAACAUCAGUCACAACAUUAUAAAACAUACCAGGCCUUAAGUGUUCAGAACAGUAAAAAAAAUGAUAAUAAUACAACUUAGAGGCCAGACCUUUGACUCUAAAGCCAUUGUAGGUGCCUGGGAGCAGCUCAGAUCAGCGAAGGCUUCGCUCCAUAAUCCACUAAAGCUCCACUGCCACUUUAAGAGAUUGAGAGUUCCUCCUCUGAUAGUCUGGAGGGUUAGGGCUGUUUUUUUUUUUUUUGUAUUUUUUUAUUUAGCAGAAAGCCCUUCACUGCCCUAAGGUUUUAGUACAGGAGCGGACGGGUGUGAUUUUUAACUUCAUGUCUUUACUCUUCUUACUCUUUCGAAAUAAUUUUGCAUUUUAAAGUAAAUAAAACCGACAUGAUUUGGUACAAUGUCAACGUUCAGAAGAUCGCAGGCCUGAUUCUCAUUGCAGUGUUAUUUCAGACUUUGUAAAGGUUUUCUAAGCUACGGACUCUCUGUUGUCUCUUUUUAUGAUUCACGUGUUUGUCAGCUGUUUACUCUAGGUUGCUGUGUUAUGUCAUGACUUUUCUGUAAUGGGUUAGGACGGACAUUUUUGCAUCUGCCUUUUCUGUCGUUGAUAUAAAUCAUUUAAAAUGGAA